UCAACCUUCAAUGCAACGGUUCUUCUUUUCUUCGGCUGUUAAGAACGCGAUUCUUCGGUCUCUCGAAGCGAUUCAGAAGCUCGGGUUUUUUUUAUGAACGGCCGUCGAGUACGUGCUGUAUAUGCACUUGUGGUUUGUGGUAGUGGUUGUGUUCGUAUGAUUUGAGAUAUUUGUCGGAUUUUAGAGAGAUCUUUUAACAACGUAACAGGCGCUCCAAUAAAAUGGACGAAACGCCGCCUGCGAAGCACCGAUCGCAUCUCUUGCAGGAAUCCGCAUCUCCAACGGUACUGGCGAACGGUACCGCUCUUGUAGACGUGUUCGCCGAUCAGAAGGAAUCCGAAAACCACGUCGUUAAAAUCUUGAUCAGUCCGCGGAAUAUCGUCAAAAAUACGUCGAGGACGUUUUUAAACGGCGAAAGUGACACCAAACGCGGGGACAUCAUUUGCGAUGUCACGCCCUGUAUACGCAUCAGUUUAGGGCCGGAAAGUGGUGAUAUGUCGCAGAAGAACGGUAACGAUAUGUCGACUAAUUACUUUUAUUACGGGGGUUACAAUUACGGUAUUAUGUCCAGCGGACAGGUUUCGCCUAGUGAUACGUUAGAUUCCGGUACUUGUAGUGAUUUGGACGGUACACCCAGCACAGCUUCUGAUAAGAAAAAGAAUGGUGUUUCUGUUACUGUUAUUGGUACCCACAAGCGAGCGUCGAGUUCGAGUAGCGGAGCCGAGGUGGAUAGCGACGAUAACGAGAGCAGCGUAAGCACCAGCAGCAGCAGCAGCACCAGCGGCAGCGAUUCGUUGAGUUGCGGCAAAACCUCGCCGGUGGAUCCGCCACCCAAGCCGAUCGUUCUGCCGGCCACGCUGCUGCAGGACAUCAGGAAGCGCGUUCCGCAGCCGCCGCUGCAGGUCGACCAGAAGCCCUACGAGGAGCGCAGGAAGGAAUCGGGGGCGGGCGACGACGAGGCCGUCCUGCUGGACUCUAACAUGUUUUACAAGUUUCACAUUAACGAAAAAGUGAACGGCAGUGACGCGGUGCCGGUUAGUAAAGUGAUCGAGACGGACUCUUUUGCUGGUUACAAAGACAUUUUGGACGAUGGUUGUACGACGAUUAGGAGCGCCAAAGGGACUGUGCGUGGCGUGAAAAAUAGGGUUAGGGCCGGUAUUGCGACGUUUUUGCAGAUUAAUUCGACGGAAAAGAAUUACAAGGAGAAAGAGGCCGGGAAGGUGGUGGUGUACACGACGACGAUGGGCAUCCUGCGCGACACCUACCAGGCCUGCUCGAAGGUGAAGCAGAUCCUGCGAUUGCUGCUGAUCAAAUUCGAGGAGCGCGACGUCUUCAUGAGCUCCGAAUACCAGGCGGAAAUACAGGAACGAAUGCGUUGCGAUCACGUGCUGGUGCCACAGGUGUUCGUAGACGGCGUACACAUUGGGGAUGCCGAAACUAUUGAGCGACUGAACGAAACGGGGGAGCUGAGGCGAAUAUUAAAGCCCUACAAGAGCCUGGACGUCUGCAACACAUGUCAAGUUUGCGGAGGAUAUCGAUUAUUGCCUUGUCAAAUAUGUAAAGGAAGUAAAAAGUCCAUCCACAGGAACCACUUUACAGCCGAAUUCGUGGCUCUAAAAUGCAUGAAUUGUGACGAAGUCGGUUUAGUUAGGUGUAAUUCUUGUAUGUAAAUUGUUAUUAAUAGAAAUAUUUAGUGUAACAAAUAUAAUUGAGAGUUUAACCGAGUAAAUACGCGAACAUAAAUCGUUCAAAAAGCUAUUAUAAUUGUAGUUUUUAACGAUAAAAUACGGUAAAUUGGAUAUAGGGUUUGAACCCGGUUGAAUUCUCAAUCGUAUUUUGUACUAUUGUAAUCCAUUCUCAGUCGAACCUCGUAAUUUAAAUAUUAUUUUAUCUAUUUAGUAAAAUAAUCUACUCAGUUUUUUAAAUUAUUUAAUUCUAACAUGUUAAUUUCGUUGGUUUGGCACAUUUCUAGUUAAGCUCUUAAAAUUGUCAUGUUAAUGAAUUAUUUGAGAAUUUUAUAAAACUAGUUGCGAAGACUUAAUUCGACUUUUUUUUGUGUUUCGAAAAUAAAUGUUUGUCGAAUCUCAGAUGGCUAAGCAAGCAACGCUUAAUGGGUUUAUUCUCCUGCAGCAAUGUUUAACAUUGUCAUCAGGUCUCUAUUUACUAUUGUUUUUAUCAAGUAUUUUUUGUAAAUAUCGGCCUUCGAGUUGAUUCACCCUUGAAGUAAUUAAGCCCUGCGUUUAAUUUUUGUGGGUAAUGACCCGAAAUUCUCGCAAGCUUAGGACACGCAUUCAAAUAGAGCGCGCAUUUCAUUUCAGUUCUACCAGAGCUUCUAGUUAGAGGUUUUUUUUAUACCUCAGACACGAUUGUUUUUUUCGAGAUCGAUAGCUCGAACUUUUUUGUAUUUAUAUGAGAAGGGUCUAUAACGAGAAAAAGUAAACCAAGACAUCUCUGAGCUUAAUUGCGAUAUUUUUUCAAACGUGAGAAGACUGAGUUUAUAAUACGUUCUAUGUUAAGUGUUAGCCGCGCUCAAGUAUAAUUACGGUAAAUUUGUACAGUA